UAAUUGAGUUUGCAUUAAUUUUCAAUAAUUAUUUGUAAUAAAUUGAGUGCAAUACAUACGGAUUUCCCGAAGUUUCAUGUUAUUGGUCCUCUAUGUAACAAGCAGACCUCCUAACUGAGACACCACCUGCCAGCUGAUUGAUUUAGCAAUUACUUGCAACUUCUACCCCGCACAACAAAAUGUCACAAUUGGACGACAUUCAAAAAGCACAACAGAGCUUAGAGGAAUGUGUAAUGAAGAAGAUGGAGGAGCUUCAGGCACAGUUGCAAGGUGGAGCUGCCGCGAAGGAUACCGUGGCCAAAGUGGCUGAAGAGUUCCGCACUUUUCGUGAGCUCACUUUCUCUAUGCUUAGCUUGCUUCGGAAACAAAUUGCAGAAUGCUCCAAGGCUGCUGACAUAAUGGAAACCAGGGAUCGUAGAAAGUUUUUACUUCUCACUGGAGUACCCGAGCAAAGUGGCGAAAACUGUUUAUCUUUGGUUCUGGACAUUGUGCAUCAUAAGCUUGCUAUGAAAGAUAUAACAGCCGCCUCAAUUAAGGUAUGUCAUAGACUAGGUAGUCAGUCCAAUCCUAGUAUUCCCCACAAAUGCCGGCCGUUGCUAGUCAAGUUCUCCACUAUUGACAUCAAAGCUGCUAUUUUUCGGGCUAAAACCAAGUUAAAAGGUACACCAUUCUCAUUGAGAGAGUUUCUGACUAAAGUACGACAGUCAGUGUUUAGUAAGGCAAGAAUGCACUUCGGUUUGAGGGGCUGUUGGACAUUGGAUGGUGCAGUCAUUAUUAAGAGCACUGACGGUAAACGCCACAAGGUAACGUCCAUGGAGGAGCUCCAGCCACUUAUGCAGAAGUAUCAGAAGGCAACACCAUCGAUAGUUUCCUCUAAUGCCGGAAAAUAAUAACUUAAUAAGUAUGGAUAAU